GAGCAAGGGAGGGGCAGAGAGAGAGAGAGGGAGACAGAAUCUGAAGCAGUCUCCAGGCUCUGGGCUGUCAUAUGAGCAACCCAGGUGCCCCUAAGUUUAUUCUAGACUGAUAUGGUCCCCAGAGAGUUUGACUGUGAUGAAUGGGGUAAAGAAGAUGUUUCCUUUUCUUAAAUUAAGAUUUUACUAAGUUUUCUAUAGAUAAAUGUUGUAGGUGCUUGGAGGGGAAGUAAGUUUUCUAUCAUUGGAAAUAGUGAGAUAUAGACUAGGCAACUUCUUGAAAGCAGUGCUGUAGAAAUUGAAGGUGGUUGUGUGAUAUAGUAAGAAAUAGGUAUUUGCUCCUGGCACAGAGCUCCUAAAACUCUUGGAAUUGCCUAAGUCAUAAGAGUCAUUAAGGUGGCUUAUGUUAAUGACACGACUUGGGAAGCGCCCUUGGAUAGAGACUGGUUCAGGGAACCAACCACAUAAAUAGAGGUUGGCACUUUCAGUCCCACCCUCAACUUCUGGGGAGGGGAGAGGGGCUGGAGGUUAGAUCAGGCCUCACUGGCCAAUGAUCGCAUCAAUUGUGCCUAUAUAAUGAAACCUCCAUAAAAACUGAAAAGGGCGGGAUUCACAGAGAUUUGGGGGAGAUUUGGGGAGAUUGGCAUGGAAGCUUCAUGCCCUUUCCCCAUACCUUGUCCUAUGCAUCUCUUCCAACUGGCUGAUGGAAGUUCCUGAGUUAUAUCCUCUUAGAGUAAGCUGGUAAUCUAGUAUGCAAAAUGUUUCUCUGAGUUCUGUGGGUCACUCUAGCAAAAUAGCUGAACUCAGGUGGGGUAGGCUGUUGGAACCUCCCAACUACAGCCAGUUGGUAAGAAGCACAGGUGACAGCUUGUGUCCAAGGUGUGUGUGUAUGUGGAGCAGGGGUAGGUUGGGUGGGUUGGGGAAGUCAUAUAGGAUUUACCCCUUACCCUGUGGAAUCUGAUGCUGUCUUGGGGUAGACAGUGUCCACAUUGAAUUGAAUUGUAGAAUGCACAGCUGGUACUGGAGUAUUGCUUGGGGAAGCCACUCCCUUGCACGUUAGAAUUGGUGCCAGAAUCUUAGAUUCGAUUAGAGAUCUUCAAGGUCCUUCUAGCUGCUAGUCUAGCAGCUCCUGAGGAUAACUUUUGAGCCUUACACUGGUUUAUGGAGUGUUUUUUUUCCAGUAGCUUUCUCGCUCUCCCAUGGAUAGCCAAGAGGGUUUACUCAAUGUGCCUUCCAUGGAUGCUUGCACAGGUGCUAAGAAAAAUUUGUUUGGAGAAGCAAGCUAAUUCUUUACCUGAAUCCCAUAGCCAGCCACCUCUAUUUUUAAACAAGUACUCCUAGUCCAGUUUUUUUUUAAUUAAACUAAUUUUUAGUUAACUCAAUUAAAUAACUAGUUUAAAUUAAGCUCACUUAACUAAUUUUUAGAUCAUUAUGCAUUCACGUGCUGUGUAAAAAAUAAUACAGAGAGAUCCUAUGUAAACUUUACCCACUUUGGCCAAUUGAAACAUAUUACAAAACUAUAGUAUAAUGUCACAGCCAAGACAUUGACCUUGAUAGAAUCAAGGCACAAAACAUUUUCAUGACCACAAAGAUACUUCAUGAUGCCAUUUUUAUGGCCACACGUACUUCCCUCUCACACUUACAUACUACCCCUUAACCACUUAACUGUUCACCCACUUUCCAUUUCUAUAAUUUUGUCAUCUCCAAACUGUUACAUAAAUGGAAUCAUUUAGUAUGUAAGCUUUUGGGAUUGGCUUUAUUUCUCUCAGCAUAGUUCUCUGGAGAUUCAUCCAGGUUCAUUCCUCUUUUACUGCUGGGUAGAAUUCCAUGGUAUAGAUGUAUCACGGUUUACUUAAACAUUCACUCACUGAAAGACCUGAGUUGUUUCUAGUUUUUGGUUGUUAUGAAUUAGCUGUUCUCAAUAUCCAAGGAUAUGUUUUAUGAACAGCCUUCUCAUUUCUCUGGGAUAAAUGCCCAAGAGUGUAAUUGUUGGAUUAGAUGGUACUUGUAUGCUUAGUUUAAGAAAGUGCCACAGUCUUCUCCAGAGUGGCUGUCAUUUUACGUCCUCACCAGCUGUGUUUGAAUGGUCAAGUUUCUUUACUUUCUUGCUAGAAUUUUGUAUUGUCACAAUUUUUUUAUUUAAACUUCUGUGAUAGGUAUGUAGGGGUGUUUGAUUGUGGCUUUCAUUUGCAUGUCCCUAAUGGCGAAAGACAUUAGACAUCAUUUCAUAUGCUUAUUUUCCAUCUGCACAUCCUUUUUACUCAAACAUCUCUUCCUGUCUUUUGUCCAUUUUCUAAUCAGAUUGUUUACUUUUUUACUCCAAGUGUGGGAGUUCUUUACAUGUUACCAAUAGUACGUCUAUUGGAUAUGAGGUUUGCAAAUAUUUUCUCUCAGUCUCUAGCUUGUCUUUUCCUACUCUUAAAAGAACCUUUCACAUAGCAAAUGGUUUUAGUUUUCAUGAAGUCUAGUUUAUUUAUUUUUCAUCUUGUGGAUCAUCUCUCUCCUGGAUAAUUGCAGUAGGACCACUGUUAUUUAUUUUUUUAAGUAGGCCACACACCCAAUGUGGGGCUUGAGCUUAUGACCCUGAGAUCAAGAGUUGCUUGCUCUACAGACUGAGCCAUGCUAGUGCCCCAAUAGAUCCCCUGUUUUCUUGAUUCUGCCCUUAACUACCAGUUGGCUAUUGUUAACAGAGCAGAAUGAUCUUUUUAAAUGUAAUUGCUUGCUCAAGAUUCUCCACACUUCCCUGUCACUCAGAAUAAAAGCUAGUCUUGACAAUAGCUACUAUCUGGUCCCUCAUUAUCUAUCUGACCUCUUACCGUUCUCUUCGGCUCUCAGUUCUGGUUACACUGGCUUCCUUGGUGAUAGUCUAUCAGGCCAAGCAACCCUUGAUCCAGGGCUCUAACCUCUUCUUUUUGUGUGGAAAAUAGAACCUUAGCUGUAAACUUUCUUAUUUCUCUCAGGUCUUACUGAAAAGGGAUCUUUUUAGUAAAGGCUUCCAUGAUUUCCCAUUUAACAUAGAAAUGACCCGUUUCUUACAGACCCAAAUUCAGUUUGUUUUAUUUUUCUUCAUGCUACUUGUCAAUAUCUAACCUACUACAUAUUUGAUGUAUUUGAAAAGAUGACCUGUCUUGUCUUCCAGAAUUAAACUCCUUGGGAGAAAAUGCUUUUUUUUGUCUGUUUUGUUCAUAACUGUUCAACUGCAGGAUCUAGAGAGCUUGUCACAUAGUAGAGACUCAAUAAGCAUUUACAGAAUGAAGAAUGAAGAAAUGAAGGAACGAGUAAAGUAUGUCCCAGCGUGGAGAAUCUGCACUGGUACCACUGGAAUAAUCUUUUCUUUUGUGAAGAGAGGUUUGCUUCCUUGAGAAAUUCUGGAUCUAGGAAACAUGCCUUAAGAAUCUUCCUUCUUCUAAAUAAACAAACAAAAACAGAAACAGACCUAUAAAUAUAGAGAACAAACUGAUGGCUAUUAGAGGGGAGGGGCAAAAUGGGUGUAGUGGGAAAAGAAGGGAAUUGUCUUCCUUGGAAUGAAGGGAUUAGAACUCUUAAUGAAAUUUCAAAUCCUGAUGAAGUCAUAAUCAUCAGGGCUUACUAAUGCUAAAUAUUGAAAGGCUGAUGGGAUCGUUAUGGUGGAGGGGCUAAGCUGACAGCACUGGAACCCACUGAUCAAUCUCAACAUGGUUAAACAUGGGACAACCUUAUGUGCUUACUGUUGUGAUUUAAUCGGAAGGCACACAACACCACUUAUAAAAUAAUCUUGCAAUAACGAGAAACUGAAUUGAAAACUAAUUAAUUUUCUAGAUCUAACUGCCUGUUUGGAAGGAAUUAUGGGUAAUAUAAGAACAUCUUAAAUGACAUCACAAGAUACAACCAACCAACUCCAUGCUGCAGAAAAUACUACAGGAUAAAUGAUUUAGUUUCUUCAACAAAUAAAUGCCCCCUGAAAGGGAUUCUCCAAGAAACAGGAAGAUUGAAUCUCAUCAGCAAAUUCUCACAAGGGGGUAUUUGUCCUGUUUUCACUCUCCCUGCUUGGAGACUGAUGUUCCACACGUCCUUUCAGAUUUGGACUUGCCUUUGUCCAGUGGGGACUUCUGGGAGCCUGCCUCAUUCCAGCACACCAGUACUCCCCCCGGAUCAUGGCCACUGCCCCAAAAAGGGGUGUCUCUCAUUUUAGACUGGGAUCAGAAGGAUCCAGAUGGGUUGCCGCUUAUAACUGGUAUACAUUUCAGCCCACGAGCAGAGGUGUGCAAGAAAUAGUAUGAAAUUGUUUUUGUAACUCCACUUAAUUUGUAUUUUAAGCCUGGAUCCUGCUGAAGUCCUGUUUGGAUUUCUACCCAUCCCUCUUCGGAAAUCAUACAGAGCCACAGUCAUGAGGGUUGAGGUGAGAGCAUGAUUACUGUUUAGGGGGGUAUACACUUGUAGCUUAGAGGUCCAGUGGCUCGGUUGCCAUGUUUCCUUUUGGUUUGGUGUCUCUCGUGUCAUGGGUGGGACAGGUUGGUUCUGCUCAUAUGCACAACACAGCCAUCAACUCCGAGAGUUUUUGCCAUAUCUAACCCUCUGACCGCACUUUAGAGAUUCCUCUUCUUUCAUGGUCCACAGACCUCUCUGUGAUGAUAUAGAUCUUAAGCUAGCAGGAAAAGAAGACAGUAAGUGUAUAAUUUCAAAGUUCCUGCUUCUGAUAGGUUUCUGCUCAAGUAUCCUCACUUUUCUGUGGAGUUUGGGAUUUUAGAAAUAAAAGCCCAGAUGAUAAGCACAGUAUUGCUGCUUUCAGCCCUGCACGUCCUUCCUCUGGCCAGUGAACCCAGAGCCUGCUUCCCACUUGAAUGCGGAAGGGAAAGGGUAAAAAAUAAAGGGAGAAAGGGAAAAAAAAAUCAACAAGAACAGAUUCGCAUCUCAAAAUAUCCUUUCACUCUUAAGAAGAUGAGAGUUGAAUUCACGGGAAAGGUUCCAUUGGGAAAAAGGAAUGACUCUUGAAAAUGGGGUCUCCGCAUUUGCAAAGGCUGUGUGGGAUCCAGGUCCCCAGAAUGCUCUGACAUCAUCAGUGAGGUCAGAGAACUCUGUUGUGGGCCUGGUGACCUUUGAACCUUAACAGCCCUGUGCUGUAGCGAACCCUGGGCAGUGCUGCUCGUUCUCUGAGCCGUCUGACGUCCUCAGCCAUUUAGGGGACUCAACUAUUUUUGCUUAUAUUGGGCCAUUUCAUCAUAUUUUCUGAGAGUCAAGAAGGGCCAACCAGCGAGGGAAAAGAAGAGCUGGGGGUUAGGUGUCUUCUAAGAAGCUUCUGUAGCUGGUACCAUGAAACAGAGACAAAAGAGGAAACAUCUGGAAGAUGAAGAGUCCCAGGAAAUGGCUGAGCAGGGAGGAGACAUCCUGUUCACAGCCACCACUCAGGCCUUCACUUCUGACAAGACACUAACAAAAUAGUUAUCGAUAGUAACUAAAUGCAGGAGUAGCCACCGGGGACCAGACGGUCGACCACGUGUAUUCGCUGAACCUGACCCGGGUCAGACCCUCUGUUAAUAUUUGUUGGAUGGAUGAGUGAUGCAUUAGCAUGCCCCACCCAUGGUGUCUCAGGCUUUCCUAUCUUUCUCAGGAGUCUCGAAGUCGCAGGAGGUUGCCCUUCAGCUUGGAUCCCCUGGGGUGGCCAAAGGCUGGGGCGCAGGGGUAGGGGAGGUGUCCUCUGCCUCUGAAUACUUCUCCUGUGUUUCUUCUCCACGCAAGUUCAUCCAUGGUGGAAUCCGGAGAGUACAUCGAGACAGUCCCCAGCCUAGAUCACCCCUAGUCCAGGGUCAGGAGCGAGGGGAGACUGCUCCCCCCUCACACCAGGUCUCCUUCUCGUCCCCUUCAUCCUAUAAGACCUGUGUGUCCUCUGUGUACAGAAACAAAGAGGAAAGGGGCAUGAAAAUAUACUACAUGCAGGUACAAAUGCAAAAGGGUGUGGCUGUCUCCUGGGAGACAGAGGAGACCUCGGAGUCACUAGAGAAGCAGCCGAGGAUGGAAGAAGUGACCCUUCCUGAGAACGUGCGGGUAGGUACUCCCCCCUCUGAUGUGUCCACCAGAAACCUGCUGUCUGACAGCGAGCCCAGCGGGGAGGACAAGGACCACGAGGAGCGGGCAGAGUCAGACAGCCUGCCAGGCUCACCCACUGUUGAGGAGACACCCAGGGCCAAGACCCCCGACUGGCUGGUGACCGUGGAGACUGGCUUCCGAUGCAUGGCCUGCUGCCGGGUCUUCUCCACCUUGGAGGUCCUCCAGGAGCACGUCCAGUACGGGAUCAGGGAGGGCUUCAGCUGCCAUGUGUUCCAUCUCACCAUGGCUCAGUUGACGGGCAUCGUGGAACCUGAGUGCACCCAGGAGGAGGAGGAUGAGAACGAGGAGGAGGGGGAAGAGAAGCAGGAAGAAAAGGAUGAGAAGGAGCAGCCCGCGCAGGAGGACCCUCGCGUGAAGCGACCCUGAAGCCAGUGCCCAGGCUGUGUGUUUCAUUCUCCAAAGGACAACAACAAUUGAGAUCCAUGAGCCAUAAAUUCCUGGAAGACGGUGUGGCCUUCUUUUGGGAGAAGGAGAAGAAAGGAUCCUGGGGAUAGUAGCAGAUAAAAUGCCAGUGAUGUGAAGAAAGAUGAAGGAACCGGCAUUCAAUCUGGCAUCACAUGAAAAUAUAAAUACCAUAUGCAAUAAAGGCUGUUUUCCAAACCUUACCUGGAUAUGUUAAGUGAAGUUAUCUGUCUGUCUGUCUGUCUGUCUAUCUACCAUCUACAUUUUUCCCUCUAGUGGCUCCUGAACCAGGUCUCCUAUAAGCACCAAAGAUGCCCACAAUCCUUUUCCAGCAGCAACAGUACUGAAGCACUUGGGAUUGAUUAGGCUUUUGUGUGACUGUUUUCACAAGGCUGGAUUCCACAAAUGACAAACUACACUGGCUUCAGAAGAGGUCGUCGGUAAGUAGUGGGUGCUGUAAAAACUGUGUCCUAUGGGUCAUGUUUGAAAGCACUGUGAAGGCAGUCUUCAGAGGGCUGCUGGCUGGUGUGCAUAUCUCCCCAGGUCUGGCCUGGAUGAGGGAUUAUGAGUUGUGGCUUCACAAGGAAACACCAGGACAGAGGAGAAAUUUCUGAGUUUUGAAGCUGUCCAUGGAACAGGUCCCUCUUGCA